AUGUGGCCGGACCUCAUUCGGAAGGCAAAACAAGGAGGCUUGAAUGUGAUCCAGACUUAUGUUUUCUGGAACGCUCAUGAGCCUGUGCAAGGCCAGUACAACUUUGAAGGGAAUUACGAUUUGGUGAAAUUCAUCAAGUUGAUCGGAGAGCACAAGAUGUAUGUAACCCUCAGGGUUGGACCUUUCAUUCAGGCCGAAUGGAAUCACGGAGGGCUUCCCUAUUGGCUGAGAGAGGUUCAAAACAUCACAUUCCGUUCCGACAACCCACCGUUCAAGUAUCACAUGAAAAAGUACGUCAAGAUGAUCAUACAAAAGAUGAAAGAUGAGAAGCUAUUUGCUUCUCAAGGGGGUCCCAUUAUUAUAUCUCAGAUUGAGAAUGAGUACAAUAGCAUCCAACUCGCAUACAGAGAUGCAGGAACCCGAUAUGUUCAAUGGGCUGGAAACAUGGCCGUGGGGCUAAAAACAGGAGUUCCAUGGAUCAUGUGCAAGCAGAAGGAUGCUCCGGAUCCAGUUAUUAAUGCAUGCAAUGGAAGGCACUGCGGUGAUACCUUCACAGGCCCAAAUAAGCCCUAUAAGCCAACUCUAUGGACUGAGAAUUGGACUGCUCAGUACCGGGUGUUCGGAGAUCCACCAUCCCAAAGAUCAGCAGAAGAUCUUGCGUUCUCAGUUGCUCGUUUCUUUGCAAAGAAUGGGACUUUGACCAACUACUACAUGUACCAUGGCGGAACAAAUCUCGGUAGAACAAGCGCUGUAUUCACAACGACUCGCUACUAUGACGAAGCUCCUCUUGAUGAAUAUGGCCUCCAAAGGGAGCCUAAAUGGGGCCAUCUCAAAGAUCUGCACAAGGCUUUAAGGCUAUGCAGGAAGGCUUUGCUCUGGGGAAGUCCCAAAGUCCAGCGUUUGUCUAAGGACCUCGAGGCCAGGUACUAUGAGAUUCCCGGGACUAAAGUCUGUGCUGCUUUCUUGACAAACAACAGCACCCUGUCGGCUCAGGUGGUUAAAUUUAGGGGACAAGAGUACUAUCUUCCCCAACAUUCUAUCAGCAUUCUUCCCGACUGCAAAACCGUGGUCUACAACACUCAAAGGAUUGUAUCACAACACAAUUCGAGGAACCUCGUCAAAUCAGAGAAGGCAAACAAGCUCAAGUGGGAAAUGUCGCUGGAAAUCAUUCCAGACACCAACCGAGUGCCUGUCAAUGCCAAGAUACCGGCUGAGCUCUACAGUUUGCUUAAAGAUACCACAGAUUAUGCGUGGUUUACAACAAGUUUAGAUUUGGGAGUCCGUGAUCUGCCAAUGCGAAAAAACAUAAAGCCGGUUCUCCGCGUAGCCAGUCUCGGUCAUGCAAUGCUUGCAUUUGUAAAUGGAGAGUUCAUCGGAUCUGCCCAUGGCAGUCACAUCGACAAGAGCUUUGUCCUGCAACAGCCUAUCGACUUGAAGCCUGGAGUGAACCAUAUUUCUCUGUUAGGUUCAACAGUGGGUCUCCCGGACAGCGGAGCCUACAUGGAGCACCGAUAUGCAGGGCCUCGUCUAGUGACGAUCCUAGGUUUGAACACCGGGACACUGGAUUUGACACUUAAUGGCUGGGGUCAUCAGGUGGGCUUGGAUGGAGAGAAGGUCCGCGUGUACACACAGUCAGGGUCGCACCGAGCGCAAUGGACGGAAGCUACUAAGGGAGUCGGGCGUGCUCUUACAUGGUACAAGACGUACUUCGAUGCUCCAGAAGGAGAUCAACCCGUCGCCAUUCACUUGCCUCAAAUGACCAAGGGAAUGGUUUGGGUCAAUGGCAAGAGCAUUGGCCGCUACUGGUACACUUACCUUUCCCCUCUCGGACAGCCAAGUCAGUCGGAGUACCAUAUCCCAAGAUCCUUCAUAAAGCCAACCGACAAUCUACUCGUCGUGCUGGACGAAGACGGAGGCAACCCUGAAUCGAUAGAGAUCCUCAAUGUCGACAGGGACACGAUCUGCAGUUACAUCACCGAGAACCAUCCCCCCAGUGUGAAGUCAUGGGCAAGAAAGAACAGUCACUUCAUCACGGUCUUGGACGAAGUGAAAACAGCGGCGCACUUGAAGUGCCCGAACCACAAGAAGAUUGUGGCCAUCGAGUUUGCGAGCUUUGGCGACCCGUACGGCAUCUGCGGGAACUUCAAAUACGGAAACUGCACAUCACCCAUUUCCAAGGACAUCGUCGAGAAACAUUGCCUGGGAAAAACUAGCUGCGCCGUUCCGAUCGAGCGAGGGCUCUUGGACAAGGGCAAUGACGGCUGUCCCAGUAUCAUGAAGACAUUAGCUAUCCAGGCCAAGUGCUCCCACUAGAAGCACAGGGUGGCCUAUAAUUUUCCUCUACAGAUGGUUUUAAAAGCAUUACUUAGCUAACAUUUUUAAUUCUUCACGACACAUGAAUAAAUUUUCAUCCUCCUUUGUAUUCACCCAGAGACUUCAUCCUGGCUGAUAUGAAGUGAAAUCCAUGCUCCA